UGUAAAGUAUAAGUUGCAUAUAAUUAUUUAUUGAAAAAUAAGGUUUUGGGAACCUACUAAAAAGGCUACCACCACUCUGCUAUUCACGCACUGCCUGCCAGAGUAUCUGUUCCAAUAAACCCUAAAACCUUUUUAGGGCUUUUGUUCUCUUUAUAUAUCACUCGGCUGUUCUCAUUUGGCAGCGGCCUUCGGAUUUCAUUUUAUUUCUUUCUUCAUAUAUUUGCUAUGGGUAAAUCCUCCAAGAAAUCUGCCUCUAAGGUAUCGGCUCCUGCGGUCGUUGCUGCACCUGUUCCUACCAAGCCUUUAAAGAAAGGCAAGAGGGAAGCAGAGGAUGUUGCUGGGAAGGAAGUGGUGAGUGCUAAAAAACAGAAAGUGGAGGAAAAGAAGAAUGUAUUGAAGCCUGAGAAGAAGGCCGUGAAGGUGGAAUCCUCGAGUGAGGAGGAUACUUCUUCUGAGUCGGAGCAUGAGCCCAAGGUCAAGGUAGCUGCCAAGAACGGCCAUGUGGACUCAAACCCUAAGAAGCCUUCAGUUGCUGCAAAGAACGGUCACUUAGCCUCCAAGAAAAAGGCUGAAUCUAGUGAUGAUUCUGACUCCUCUGAGGAUGAAUCCAGUUCAGACGAUGAAGUUGCUGCAGUUAAGAAAGCUCCUGCACCUCUGGCAAAAAAGGGCCCAGCUCCUGUUCCUGCCAAGAAGGAGGACGAAUCAAGUGAUGAUUCUGAUUCUUCAUCAGACGAUGACAGUUCUGAUGAGGAUGUUGCUGCAGCAAAGAAAGCAACUCCUGCUGUGAGUCACAAGAAAUCUGAAGCUUCAACAAAGAAGAAAGAUGAAUCCAGCAGUGAGGAUUCUGACUCUUCGGAAGACGAGUCUGAUACUGAAGAGGAUGCUCCAACAGGCAAGAAGGCUCCUGCACCCCCUGUGAACAAGGCCCCCGUAGCUGCUAUAAAAAAGAAGGAUGACUCGAGCAGUGAUGAUGAGGAGAGCUCUGAUGAAGAUGUCCCAGCUAAGAAUCACUUGAAAGCUGUUGCAAAGAAGGAUGAGUCGAGUGAGGAAUCUGAGUCAGAUGAUAGCAGCAGCUCAGAGGAGGAUGUCCCUAAAACUGCUGCUGUCAAAACGACCAUUGCUGAAACAAAACAGGCAAAGGAUGAAGACUCUGACGAUGAGAGUUCUGAAGAAAGUGAUGAUGAGGAGCCUCAAAAGAAAAAAAUCAAGCAGUCUGGAGCUCCAAAUGCUGUUAAAUCAAGCAAGGGAGCUGAAGAAGAUGACAGUAGUAGUGAAGAAGAAAGUUCGGAUGAGGAUGAACCUACGAAAACGCAGGGGGCAAAGAAGGACACUGAUGUGGAAAUGAUUGAUGCAACAGCUUCAAAGGCAAAUGCUGAGAAAGGGUUUGACAAAUCUCCCAAGACCCCAACCACUCCGAAAGAGCAGUCAACUGGCUCCAGAACUCUAUUUGUUGCGAAUCUUCCCUUCUCUGUCGAGCAAGCUGAUGUUGAGAAUUUCUUCAAACCAGCUGGAGAAGUUGUUGAUGUUCGCUUUGCCGUUCACCCAGACAAUUCAUUAAAAGGUUUUGGUCAUGUGGACUUUGCUACUGCUGAAGAAGCACAGAAGGCUGUGAACGAAUUAAAUGGGAAAGAUUUGCUUGGCCGUGCUUUGAGGCUUGAUCUUGCUAGGGAAAGGGGAGCAUACAUCCCAAGGAGUGGAGAUUCACAAUCUUUCCAGAAGGGACAGAGUGCUCAGGGUCUCAGAGUAUUUGUCCGUGGAUUUGAUAGAAAUGAUGGUGAAGAUCAGAUUAGGAACUCACUGAAAGAUCAUUUUGGUUCUUGUGGUGAAAUUGCAAGAGUUUCCAUUCCACAAGAUCCAGAGGGUGGUGUUAAAGGUAUAGCAUAUAUCGACUUCAAGGAUUCAGAUGCGUUCAACCAGGCUCUGGAACUAAAUGGAUCGGAAUUUGGAGAGGGCAGCCUUACAGUUGAAGAGGCAAGGUCUCGAGGAAAGAAGACAACAUUCAAUGACGACGAGUAGUGUGGUAAAAUGUUUUGUGGGGACCAGAAUAGAAUCAUCAUGGCUCUUACACUGGGUUGCCUUGAUUAUGGCCGAGUUUUUUGGAGCAAUUUGGAGUUCUGUUUAUUUACUUUAGUUUGUGUGUGGUGACCGCCAGACUCUGAAGUUGAAAUAACUACAUUUAUGUUUUCGUAUCUCUAUGGUUACAUGUAUUGUCAUUUAUAUGCACUAUAAAAUGAUACAAUGCAUAGGAUUUAAAGGAUGGUUUUUUUUCUCUAGCACAACUGUAUGCUAUAUGGAUUAUAAUUUUUGAAUUUUUUGGAUAUAAUAUUGCAAAAUCGGGUCCGUAGCUUAGUGGUAGUACUCAAGUUAAUUUUGCGUGUGGUAUGGUAAAUUGCUUGACGAGUUUUGUUGUCUUUUAGAAUAGAAAUUGAUGAG